UAAGUUUACCUGUUGCAGCCAAUAGCAGGGCCAUCUCAGCCAGCCAGCACUGGAUACUAUCUGGCCAGAAGUAGCAAAGCAGCUCUUAUUUGAAAAGCCACUGGGUUCUGAGUUCAUUACUACAGGAAAAACUGUUCUCUUCUGUGGCACAGAGAACCUUGCUUCAAAGCAGAACUAGCAGCUCAGGAGUCCAGCUGACUAAAACCCAUCCCAGGGCAUAAUGGCAACCCAUGCCUUAGAAAUUGCUGGGCUGUUUCUUGGUGGUGUUGGAAUGGUGGGCACAGUGGCUGUCACCGUCAUGCCUCAGUGGAGAGUGUCGGCCUUCAUUGAAAACAACAUCGUGGUUUUUGAAAACUUCUGGGAAGGACUGUGGAUGAAUUGCGUGAGGCAGGCUAACAUCAGGAUGCAGUGCAAAAUCUAUGAUUCCCUGUUGGCUCUUUCUCCAGACCUACAGGCAGCCAGAGGACUGAUGUGUGCUGCUUCCGUAAUGUCCUUCUUGGCUUUCAUGAUGGCCAUCCUUGGCAUGAAAUGCACCAGGUGCACGGGGGACAAUGAGAAGGUGAAGGCUCACAUUCUGCUGACAGCUGGAAUCAUCUUCAUCGUCACGGGCAUGGUGGUGCUCAUCCCUGUGAGCUGGGUUGCCAAUGCCAUCAUCAGAGAUUUCUAUAACCCGAUAGUGAAUGUCGCCCAAAAACGUGAGCUUGGAGAAGCCCUCUACAUAGGAUGGACCACUGCACUCGUGCUCAUUGUUGGAGGAGCCCUGUUCUGUUGUAAUUUUUGUUGCAAUGAAAAGAGCAGUAGCUACAGAUACUCGAUACCUUCCCAUCGCACAACCCAAAGAAGUUAUCACAUGGAAAAGAAGUCACCGAGCGUCUACUCCAGAUCUCAGUAUGUGUAGUUGUGUAUGUUUUUAUAACUUUACUAUAAAGCCAUGCAGAUGAUUAAAAUCUCUAUUAUUUUCUCAAAAUGGACCCCAAAGAAACUUUGAUUUACUGUUCUUAACUGCUUAAUCUUAAUUACAGAAACUGUGCAUCAGCUAUUUAUGAUUCUAUAAGCUAUUUCAGUGGAAUGAGAUAUUAAACCCAAUGCUUUUAUUGUUCUAGAAAGUACAGUAAUUUGUUUUCUAAGAUGAUUCAAGCGUCUACUCUUUUUAUCAUUUACUUCAAAAUGACAUUGCUAAAGACUGCAUUAUUUUACCACUGUAAUUUCUCCAUGACGUAGCAUUAUGUACAUAGAUGAGUGUAACAUUUAUAUCUCACAUAGAGACAUGCUUAUAUGGUUUUAUUUGAAAUGAAAUGCCAGUCCAUUACACUGAAUAAAUAGAACUCAACUAUUGCUUUUCAGGGAAAUCAUGGAUAGGAUUGAAGAAGAAUGAUGCAUUUUGACAAGAAAUCAUUUAUGUAUGGGUACAUUUUAAUAAGUAUUUGAGUACAGACUUUGAGGUUUCAUCAAUAUAAAUAAAAGAGCAGAAAAAUAUGUCUUGGUUUUCAUUUACUUACCAAAAAAACAACAACAAAAAAUAAAGUUGUCCUUUGAGAACUUCACCUGCUCCUAUGUGGGUACCUAAGUCAAAAUUGACAUUUUUGUUCUGUGAAAAAUAAAUUUCCUUCUUGUACCAUUUUUGUUUAGUUUUACUAAAAUCUGUAAAUACUGUAUUUUUCUGUUUAUUCCAAAUUUGAUGAAACUGGCAAUCCAAUUUGAAAGUUUGUGUCGACGUCUGUCUAGCUUAAAUGAAUGUGUUCUAAUUGCUUUAUACUUUUAUAAAUUAAUAAAUUGUACUUUUUUCUAAUUA